AUCUUACACGCAGCUACGCCGACUCUGUUCCAGAUUUCAAGCUUUACAGAAGCCGGGGGCAGCGGGCGUUCGGCGUCGGUUUCCUAUCGAGGACUAGAGCGCGUCACCAUCCCAAUAGACUGUUCACUGGCUAGUCAAUCAUCUCCAGGUUCUUUAUCCUACAGGGUUCAGUCAAACAUCCUCUCUCUCUCUCUCUCUCUCUCUCUCUCUCUCUCCCUCAACUUUGACUCCGCUUCAUUACUUCUAUCUAGACGGCAUCAUAAGUCCAUGGCUCCAACUGGCUUCAUCGAGCGUGAGCGACCCGAGUAAAACACGAAGAAGCACCACAAAAGCAAACACUCAUGGCCCGCGCCCAGGGUGGCCAGGCUGCGGUAGUGCAGUCCAAGGCAAACCCCGUGACCCGAGAACCAGGACUCCCGUUGGUCGUUGCCCAUGACCGGCCUCUGCCGCCGAGCUUGCCAUCCGCGUACCACGUGCUCGUGCGCGUCCUCGCCGUAGGCCUGAACCCUACCGAUCACAAGAUGGUCACGCACUUCUUCAUGCAGGACAACGCCGUCGGCUGCGACUUUUGCGGCGUAGUCAAAGAGGCAGGGUCCCAGUCGCGGUUCCCGGCAGGCGCCCGCGUCGCCGGUGCCGAGUUUCCCUACCGUCCCGGCAACCCAAACAACGGCGCCUUUGCCGAGUACAUUGUCGCUGACUCCCGCCACCUCCUUCGCGUCCCUGACUCCAUGACAAACACGUCGGCCGCCGGCAUGGGCGCCAUCGGAUGGGGAACGGCGGCCCUUGCCAUUUCGGACCCGGAUGCCCUAAACCUGCCCGGCUUGCCGACCGCACCCGCCGAAAAACCCCUCCCCGUAUUGGUGUACGGGGGAGCCACGUCCACCGGUCUCAUAGCGAUCCAGAUGUUGAAAAUGUCCGGCUACGCUCCAAUUGCCGUCUGCUCGGCCAAGUCGGCCCCCCUCGUUCUGAGCCUCGGUGCCGUGGGCACCGCGUCGUAUACGUCACCGACGUGCGCCGACGACGUCAAGAAGCUCGCCGGCGGUCUCCCCAUCAAGCACGUCCUCGACUGCAUCACCGACGCCGAGUCCGCGGCGGUCUGCUUCUCUUGUCUGUCGCGCGUCGGCGGCCGCUACGCCUGUCUUGAGGCCAUGUCAGAGGCUUGGGUUACCCGCCGCUCCGUCCACCUCAAGGUCGUCAUGGGGUUCGAGGGACAAGGCCGCGAUGUCGAUCUGGGUCAUCCCGUAUACUCGCGCAAGGCCAAUCCGACCCUGCACGAUGUGGUUGCGCGGUGGGCCCGCGAGCUACAGCCGCUACUAGACCACGGACGCAUCACAACGCAGCCUACCCAGGAAAUAGAAGGUCGGCUUCAUGGUGUCAUCGCCGGCUUAGAAAUGCUACAAAGCGGUAGAGUCAAGGGCAAAAAACUUGUUGUUUCUAUAUCUGAGUAGGCUGGAUUACUUCAGAAGUGCCUUGUUACAUAUAGAUAUAUACUACUCUAAUAACAUCCAUGAAAACA